GUUUUUCCUGAGUCUGCUUCGAUGUCAAUCCUUCUUUAGUUCCAUCCACUAGCAACAGUAAUGGAGCAAGACCUGACUCCUAACGAGAAGCAGGGCCAUCCGCCGGCUCAAGCGAUCCUCCACGAGUUGCGGACUGCCGAAAACAGCGCUGCCCAUUUGCUGCCCAAGUUGCAGUCUAUGAAAGAAUCCAACCCCCAUUUGACGCUCUUAGACGUCGGCGCUGGCUCAGGCACCAUCUCUGUGAGUUUCGCCAAGCUUAUCCCCGACGGCCACGUUACCGGCAUUGACCUUAACCCCAACAUCUUGCCGCGGGCACGAGCUGUCGCUGAAAUGGCCGGCGUUAAAAACAUCGAGUUUCAGCAGGGUAAUGUCUACAAGCUCCCCUUUGCCGACGAGACAUUCGACGUCACCUUUUGUCAUCAGGUGCUUAUCCACAUUGGCACCCCGUGGGAUGCGCUGCGUGAAAUGCUCCGAGUAACAAAACGAGGCGGCAUCGUCGCGGCCCGCGAGGGCGACUACGAGACGGAGUGCGUCUGGCCCGAACUUCCCGAGCUGUACAGGUUCCAUAAGCUCAUGGCAAGCCUUAUGAGUGCCGGCGGUGGCACUCCAACUGCAGGCCGACAGCUGCUUUCUUGGGCACUCAAGGUUGGUGUCGAACGGAGCCAGGUUACGCUUAGCUAUAGUACCUGGUCAUACCAUACACCGAGCAAGAGGAAAAUCUGCUCCCAGGGGUUAUGUGAUCAGCUCAGAGGGGGUUCUUUGCGCGAAAAAGCCUUAAAGUUUGGCCUAGGUACUGAGAGUGAUUUUGAAAAAAUGGCCAAGACUUGGGAGGAGUGGGCGAAGAGAGAUGAUGCAAGCUUGGCCAUGUUGCAUGGAGAAAUUCUUGUCCAAAAGUAAUUUCGAGACCCCAAAUGGAACUUUGCCACUGUCCCAUGUAUACCGGAGAUGCAAAGAAUUACAUGAUAGAUAAAGCCAUAAAGUUCGGUGGCUUAAGUGCAAGAUCAUAACUAGCCGGACCUAGGUAGCGUGGCCGGCGUUAAGAGUCGCG